AUGGCCAGCAUGGCAGUGCAACUCCUGGGCUUCUUCCUGGGUCUCCUGGGCGUGUUCGGGACUCUCAUUGCCACUGUCCUGCCCCACUGGCGCCGCACAGCCUACAUGGGGUCCAACAUCAUCACAGCCACGGCUUACAUGAAGGGGCUGUGGAUGGAGUGCGUGUGGCACAGCACGGGCAUUUAUCAGUGUGAGAUACACCGCUCGCUGCUGGCGCUGCCCCCAGACCUGCAGGCCGCCCGGGCGCUCAUGGUGAUCUCCUGCGUCGCUUCCGCCCUGGCCACCGCCAUUUCCGCCGUGGGCAUGAAGUGCACCCGCUGUGCCCGCCGCUCCCCUACCAAGAGCGCUCUGGCGGUGGGCGGAGGGGUCUGCUUCAUCGCCGCGGGUCUGCUCUGCCUGGUGACCGUUUCCUGGACCACCAACGAUGUCAUCCGGGACUUCUACAACCCCAUGCUACCCAGCAGCAUGAAGUAUGAGAUCGGGCAGGCAGUCUAUGUGGGGUUCGCCUCCGCCGGCCUCAGCAUCACUGGGGGGGCCGUGCUCUGCCUGUCCUGUGAAGACUCCCGGCAACGUCCCCCCUACCGUCUGCCGGCCAACAAUGCCUUGCAGCGACCUGCCCCUCCUUACCACCCCCCUGCAGCCUACAAAGGCAACCGUACCCCCUCCCGCUCCUCAGCCUCCAGUAAUGGGUACAGACUCAAUGACUAUGUGUGA